AUGAUUCCACUUCACCUGUCCACAGGUGUGUUUGUGUAUCCUCUGGGGGAGAAGGAGGUUGUGGUGGGUUUUGAGGCAGUGGUGUCUGGCAGGCUGGUCAGUGUGGAACUCCAGAGCCGUGGGAAGCCAGAGGACUGCUGUUUGGACUGCUGCCCAGGAUCAGCGCUGCACACCCAGUGUGGUCACAGUAAGGAGUGGGGAUGCUGUGGAGGAGCAGCUCUGGAGGUACAGUGCUCCAACGGUCAUCUGUUGCUGGAUGAGGACCUGGAGAGGAGCACUUUUAUUGUGAGCACAGGCCAGAUUGGACCACUAGAAAUAGUGUCCGUUGUCAUCAGUACCACCCUUGAACUUCCUACACUUGAAAAUGGUGCAAUCCGCCUGGUCUAUCCCACAGUGCUCACACCUAUAGUCAGAGCGCGGAUCCAACCAGGAAAGAGUGAAAAUGGGGGGAAAUCAGAGGAGAACAGCCCAACUACGUGCUUUGGCAGCGUGUCUGGAAAGCAGGAGAGGAUGCUGGGAGUUGGGCAGCAGUGCACACAUGCUUUGCUCACCAGCACUGCCACGAACCUCUCGCCUUAUCAGCUCAGCUUCCAGCUGCUGGUCCGAGGAGCCUGUCUGCUGGCCGGUCUGGAAAGCCCCACCCAUGCCCUGCGCGCAGACGCUGACCCCAGUGCACAGUCUGCAUCGGCAACCUACAUCACACUGGCGGAAGAACAUUCAUGUGACCGACAUCUGGAAAUAAUACUACACCUUUGCGAGCCUCAUAGUCCAUUGGUCAUCCUAGAAAGGGGCCGUCUCACCUUUAGUGAAUACGAGCAGCAGAUCCGUACUCGACGUGAUUUCAUUCGCUGUGCCCAAAAGGAGGUAGAGUCUGAGAAGAUGCUGGAGUUUGUGCGGAGACGCUAUCACAAGGAUCUGCUCUUGAACCCCGUCCUGAUGCUUAACUUCUGCCCUGAUCUGCUGUCAGAACCAACAGAACUGCAGCAGGCCAGCAGAGAGCUCAUCUUCCUCAUUGACAACAGCAACAUAAUGACGCAGCACAACAUCAACAAGAUCAAGGAGGGGAUGUUGGUGGCCGUCAAAAGUCUGCCGACCCGCUCCAUGCUGAACAUCGCUGGCACCUGCUCAACAGUCAGGCCUCUUUUCAGCUCCAGCAAGCCCUGCACAGAUAGUACAGUGACUCAGGCACUGGAGUACAUCCAGAAGAUACGCACAGACCAAUGUGGUGCUAACCUGUGGGGGGUGCUGUCCUGGAUUUAUCGGCAGCCCGUCCACCGCAGCUACCCACGACAGCUCUUCCUCAUCAUGGAUGGAACCAGCAGUAACAUAGGCCGCGUGUUAGAACUGGUCAGGAGGAACGCCUGUAACGUCAGAUGUUUCGGUCUGGGACUUGGUCCUCAGGCCUGUCGGAGGCUACUGCAGGGCGUUGCCAAGGUUACGGGAGGCAGUACAGUGUUUCUCAGUGAGGAAGAAAGGCUUCAGCCAAAGUUAAUUAAAUGUCUAAAGAAAGCUCUGGAACCUGUGUUGACGGAUGUACGGAUUGACUGGUAUGUGCCAGACAAUGUGGAGGCCCUUCUCUCACCCAAUGAAAUUCCUCCGCUCUACCCUGGCAACUGCCUGAUUGGCUACUGCACUCUAUAUAACAUGUCUGGAAUCGGAGCCCAGAAAAGUGAGGUGAAGCCUCGUCCAUACAGAAGCCAUCCACAUGGUUCAGCGGGGUCGGUUUUUGAGCUCUCUUCCUCCACUUCUGAGCUUCUUCAGCCUCUGGUUCCCCCGGAUGAGCGAGAGAGAGAUGCUGUAAGAGAGUGCGGGGUGGAGGGAGACUUUGAGGAAGCGUUGCGGGAAAUUUCACGAGAAAUCUCGUCGGAGUUCUCCUGUGCACAUGCCACCGAUAAUGCCGUCAGCCUUGGUGGCGACACUGACUACAGCACCAGCGAUGUGCGCCUGCGUAUUCAACAGGAUUCGUAUGUUCAGGAUCAGUACGUGUUGACACGCUGUUCUCUGAGCAGUGAAAAGGCCUUCUCAUCUGAUUCUCCCCAAGCGGAGAGCACUGUGCUGGGCAUGGGUUCUCUGCCACAUGGCUUGGAGAUAAUGGAGCCCACACAGGGUAGAGGCCUCUCGCGCUGGGAAUCUCCGUGGGCUCAGAAUGCCACCUCUACAGGAGACACCGAUUCUGCAUCAGGGAAGGCUGGCAAGCUCUUAGAUGAAUCUUGUCACAGGCAGAAGGCACUAGCUCGCUCUGCUUUGGCUGGCCGAAGUUUCUCAUCUCCACAGGGUGACCUGGACAUGCACCGGCUGAGGAGGGCGCUAGAGAAGGUCUCAUUUGAGCAGGCUGUAGGGAGCCGACUGGAGGAGAGUGACACAGACACCCACAGCACUUCACGGGGAGGUGUAUCCCGUCUGACAUGGAGCCUGACAGACUCCAAUGGUCUUCUGUUCGCUGCUUCCCCACUAGACUGGGACAACUUCACCGAUCCAGAAUGCCUAUUUUCAGCCGCUCCCCCAGGCGAGUUCCAGGCUUCAGGGGACCAGUGUCGAUCAGUCAUCCAUGGCAUGCUGGGAGGAAGGGCCGUAUCCUGGGAGGUCCGUGUGGAUCUGUCUAUUCUGUGGGACACGGAGAACUCAGCAACCCUGCAAACCAGCACUGAGUCCUGGGAUGAGAUUAUCCACCAGCUGACCGCACGAUCUGUCAUCAGAGACUUUGAAAACAUGGCGGAGAAAGAAACAGAUAUUGAAGUUGAAAGAGGUCUGAUAGGAAUAACAGUUAAAAACAAAAUAUUUGAAUUUGAAUUCAAGUUAUAA